UGACUGACUGGUGGCCAGAUUUCCUUUCAGGAAACCAACUUCCCUCUCACAGCGCCCUCUCUUGGAAGGACGAUAAUCUUACGCGGGCAGAAAAAGACCGGAUCUAUGUUUCCGGGGACUGUUUAGGGAAACGCACUGGCCCCUCCCCUUCCGGUCUUUGCUCCAGCUUCUGCCUUCCCACGUGUGUUAGUCUGGAUCUGCUUUGGGAGUUGCUGCGGCUCCUGUGGGUGAAAUCGCCGGACUUGGAAGCGCGUCGGUUCCCCCAGGACCGCGAGGACGUCGCUAUGCCUAAAGCACUAAGAGGAAAAAGUGGACAGGAGAAAAAGGUCAUCCACCCUUAUAGUAGAAAAGCAGCUCAGAUUACAAGAGAGGCCCACAAGCAAGAUAAAAAGGAAAAGUUGAAAAAUGAAAAGGCAUUGCGUCUCAACCUUAUUGGUGAAAAACUACAGUGGUUUCAUAAUCACCUUGAUCCCCAAAAAGCAAGCUAUUCAAAGAAAAAUGCUUGUGAACUAAUUGAAAGGUAUUUAAAUCGGUUCAGCAGUGAGCUGGAGCAGAUUGACUUGCACAACAGCAUCAAAGAUAGGCAGGGAAGGCGGCAUUUUUCUCGGGAGAUAGUCAUCAAGCAGACGAUGGAGCGUGAGCGCCAGCAGUAUGAAGGAUAUGGCCUUGAGAUUCCAGACAUUAUAAAUGCAGUUAAUCUGAAAACUUUCAGAGAAUGGGACUUUGACCUGAAGAAAUUGCCAAACAUUAAGAUGAGGAAAAUGUGUGCUAGUGAUGCAUUUCCCAAGAAGUGCAAGAAGAAAGCUGUUACUACAGCUGUAGACACAGACAUAGGAGGACUGGACCUAAAAGAUGAAUCAAGUGACACAGAUGAAGAGAUGACUCCUGUGGACCAGUAGACUUUACUUGAGGUGACAAAUAAUUGGAGAGCUACAAGUUAGACUUGGAUUAUAGUAAAUAAUUGUCUACAUACAAGACUUUUACAUUUAACUUAUUUUCAUAUGUGAUAAGAAUCCCGUUUGCAUUUUCAAAAACAAUGUCAUGGUUUUUUAUUUAAAAUGAAUGUUUCUUGUAUCAUUUAUAUUAAAUUACUGAAAGAGUGAUGACCCACAAA